UUUCUCUGCAGGGUCUUGGAUAUCUCCAACUUGGUAACCUGGUUACCUGGUACUCCAACCUGGUAACCUGGUUACCUGGUUACCUGGUACUCCAACCUGGUAACCUGGUUACCUGGUACUCCAACCUGGUAAUCAUCCUGCUCAUGACUACAGGGUGUCUGGGUCAGGACAACGGGAGUGUGACUUACACUCCCAGGAGAGUCUGCUCCUUAGAGGGCUCUUCUGUGACCAUGCCCUGCUCUUACACAUUUCCCAAGGGUCACAAAGUCACAACAGCUUUCUGGUUCAAAGGUCAAGUGCCUGGUGCUGAGUCUCUGGAUCUGAAUUUGAACCCUGAGUACAAAGGCCGUGUGGAGUAUCUAGGGGACAGUAACCAACUCUGUACACUGAGAAUCACAGACCUGAGAGAGAGCGAUUCAGGAACCUACAGCUUCCUGUUUGGGACUGACGUCAAUCCUGGGGGAUGGAUGGGGAAUCCAGGAGUCAGGUUAAAUGUGACAGGGCUCCAUGUUGAUUUGACCCCUGACCUAGCUUUGGACGGCGAGUGGGCAGAUCUUACCUGUGGCUCCUGCUUCUUGAGUGAAAAUCCCACCUACACCUGGUACAGGGACAAACAGCCUUUGAACUACACCAACAAGGUCAAGGUUAUGGCCAACUACCUGGAACUAGACCCGGUAGGCAGGGAAGAUGCAGGCAGCUACUCCUGUGCGGUGAGCGGCAGAGAGGAUUCCCCUGGUCCGGCAGUGAUCCUUGUAGUGGGAUACUUCCCAAAGAACACCUCAGUGUCAGUUAGUCCCUCUGGUGAAAUAGUGGAGGGCAGAUCAGUGACUCUGACCUGCAGCAGUGAUGCCAAGCCACCAGUGGACAAAUACACCUGGUACAAGAAGAAUGAAGAACAGACGGGGUUCUCAGAAACAGGAUCAGGGCAGAGUUACAUCAUCCUUAACAUCAGCAAUGAGGACAGUGGGCAGUACUUCUGUAAGGCUGAGAAUCAAUACGGACCACUUGACUCUGCACCUGUGCAUCUCAGUGUAGCAGGUAAACCAGUGUUUCCCUGGGCUCCCGUUGUGGGGGUGGUGGCUGUGUUGGUAGCUGGAGCUCUGCUAGUCAUCGUCUAUGGCACACUGAAGAAGAGGAAAACCCCAAGAGGAAUGAACUUUAUCGGGGAGGCACAGAUGGUACCUUGUGGUAAACUGACACACACAGUCUGAUGACACGUACAUGACUCUGAAUAAAAGGACAAUGUCUCCUGAGUAUGACACU